UUUUCCAACCAGCUCACUUGCAUCUCCGCCUCACCGUUCCCUUAAAUCCCCCCUUCUUCCCCGCUCGCUCGCCUCCUCACCGACCAACCGACCAACCAACCCACCACCAACUCCAAGAUGUCAAAUCCCUACGGCUCCUCGAUCCCACUGCUGCCCAGCCAGCGCGCACACGUCGGACCACUGGAGCUGCCAAACUUUCUCUCGGAGAUCUCCGCCUUCAACACGCAGCUAUCAACGUUCGCCUCAUCCGUCGAGCAAGUCGGGCAACUCCACAAUGCCGCGCUACAAUCGACCGCGGACUCCGACUCGACCGGCUACAGCGGCAACGCCUCGUCGCGGCUCGAGGCCGCCGUCGCCGAGUGCUCGGCGCAGGCCCGCGCCCUCAAGGACUUCCUCAAGAGCCUGGAGCGCGACAUGCUCCUCACAGAGCGCGACGGCGACUACGACCAGGGCCGCACGAAGCACGGCCAGGUCGACAAGGCGCGCGCUAACCUGCAGGCCGGAUUGCGCGAGUUCGAGAAGACCGAGCGGAUGUACCGCACGCGGUACAACGAGCUGCUAGCGCGGCAGUACCGCAUCGUGCACCCUGACGCGAGCGAGGAGGAGAUCGGGCAGGCGGUGGAGUCAGGGCAGACGCAGGUGUUCUCGCAGGCGCUUUUGAGCAGCAACCGGAGCGCGUCGGCCAAUUCCGUGGCAAAAGCCGUGCGCGAGCGGCAGCAGGAUAUCGCACGGAUCGAGCGCACGCUCGAGGAGCUCAUGGUGCUGUUCGAGCAGAUGAACGAGCAGGUGCUGCUCGCCGACCCCGUCGUCGCCAAUAUAGAACACCAGUCCGAGAAUGUCACCACCGACGUGGAGCAGGCGCAGAAACACCUCGGCACCGCGGUGGUCAGCGCGAAGGGCGCCAGACGGAAGAAGUGGAUCUGCCUCUUCAUCGCUAUUGGCAUCGUCGCGCUCAUCGGCGUGGUCGAUGGCGUCGGCGGGACUGUGUGGUCAUAGUGGCUGGGUUUUUGGGUUUGGUCGGUGGUGUUGUGUUGAUGGUUAAUGUUGUGCCUAUCAGGUAUGCACGUGGAAUUUCGGUUUUUGGCUGGGCUGGGCUGGGCUGGCAUGCAUACUCUCGUUUCUGUCUUGUCGAGCCUAUCCAGAGAGAUAGAA